AACUCCACAUCCGAAUAGAAGGUGCUAGAAGAACCGUGCGUACUUCGUCACACUUUUGUCUCCUCAGUUUCCUUUACUCCGUUCUCUACUCUUUGAUCAAUUUCUGCCUUUGCUACACCACACGCAAAAUGGACGCAGCUAAAGUCAAAGAACUGAAGCUUUUCAUCGAACAAUGCAAAUCCAAUCCCUCCAUUCUUAGCGAUCCUUCCCUAUCCUUCUUCCGCGACUACCUCGAGAGUCUCGACGCUAAGCUCCCUCCAUCUGCUUACAACCACGCAGACUCCAAAUCGAAGAGCUAUGUCGUGGAGGAGAGCGACGAGGAAAUUGAGGAUAAGGAAGCUCCACAAAGAGAGCCCGAAGAGGAAGAAGAGGAGGAGGAGGAUGAGAUAAUCGAAUCGGACAUUGAGCUUGAGGGCGAGACUGUUGAGCCUGAUAAUGAUCCUCCUCAGAAGAUGGGUGACCCGUCAGUAGAAGUCACAGAGGAGAAUCGCGAGGCUUCGCAAGGGGCAAAGGCCAAAGCUAUGGAGGCCAUCUCUGAAGGUAAACUGGAGGAAGCGAUUGACCACUUAUCUGAGGCUAUUUCCCUCAAUCCGACUUCAGCAAUCAUGUAUGCGACCAGAGCUACUGUUUAUAUCAAAAUGAAGAAACCCAAUGCUGCCAUCCGGGAUGCUAAUGCUGCACUUGAGAUUAACCCAGAUUCAGCUAAGGGCUACAAAUCUCGUGGCAUGGCACGAGCAAUGCUUGGUCAGUGGGAAGAGGCUGCCAAAGACCUUCACCUGGCAUCAAAGUUAGAUUAUGAUGAGGAAAUAAGUGCCGUACUCAAGAAGGUUGAACCCAAUGCACACAAGAUUGAGGAUCAUCGGAGGAAGUAUGAAAGGUUGGGCAAAGAGAGAGAGGAUAGAAAGAUUGAACGUGAGAGACAACGUCGACGUGCCAAAGCACAGGCUGAGUAUGAGAAGGCAAAAAAGCAAGAGCAAUCUUCUUCUAGCAGAAAACCUGGAGGUAUGCCUGGUGGAUUUCCUGGUGGAAUGCCGGGAGGAAUGCCUGGUGGGUUUCCUGGUGGAAUGCCAGGAGGAAUGCCUGGAGGUUUUCCAGGUGCCAUGCCAGGGGGAAUGCCAGGAAAUGUCGAUUUCAGUACAAUCUUGAAUGACCCAGAACUGAUGACUGCUUUUAGUGAUCCUGAAGUCAUGACUGCCCUUCAAGAUGUAAUGAAGAACCCGGCUAAUCUCGCUAAGCACCAAGCGAAUCCCAAGGUAGCUCCUGUAAUUGCUAAGAUGAUGGGCAAAUUCGCUGGCCCAAAAUGAAUGGUGCUCAAAGUUGACUUUGUAGGGAGCCUGGUCAUCCCGGUGUCACAUCUUUGAUACUUGUGUAAUUAUUCCUCUGCAAGUACUGUUCAGUUGAUUGGCAUGAACCAUGCAUGGUUAUUACAUUUACGUGUGGGAUUUUUUUUUUCCCUGUGGACUGAACUGAUUCAUUUCAUAGGAUGAAAAUGUUUCAUUGAAAUUUCAGGUAGUAAGUUUUUGAGGCGUGAUUAUUUGAUGGUAA